ACCACUCACAAUAUGGCGGACGCGCCGGUGCGCCGUCACAGAGGCUCCGCCUCUCUGACGUUACACACGGAAGGAAGAGAUUACCGUCUUCAGUCGGCUGCUCAUCCUUCAGCUCACCUGAGGUGAAAAGAUCCUCGGUGCGAAGGCUCCAGAAGUCCCACGUUGACGAUGGCCGCUCAGUGACCCCUCCGACGCGCCGAUGGAGGCUCUGGUCACCGCCGCUUCCCCUCCUCCAAGCUCCUCCUCGACGCCGCUGCGUCCGGCCGUGGCCCCGUCCGUCCAGCUGGGCUUCACCGCCCUCUACACCGCCCUGUACGGCGGCCUGUUCCUGGUGGUGUACGUGCAGCUGUGGCUGCUGUUCGUCUACAAGCACAAGCGCUGGAGCUACCAGAGCCUGUUCCUGUUCCUGUGCCUGCUCUGGGCCGGACUGCGCACCACACUCUUCUCCUUCUACUUCCACAACACGGCCCAGGCCAACCACCUGCCCGCCGCUGCCUUCUGGCUGCUCUACUGCUCCCCCGUGUGUCUGCAGUUCUUCACCUUCAGCCUCAUCAACCUCUACUUCACCCAGGUUUUCCUGAAGAUCAGCGCAGCCUCAGACACAAAGCUAUGGGUGGCCCGGUGCGCCUACGCAGCCAUCAGUGUGAUCUUCCUUUGCAUCAACGUGACGUGCGCCGCUCUGGGGGAGCGAGGCAGCAGCGGAGAGAAGGGCAAGCGCACCUGGAAGCUGGUGUUGGUCAGAGUGAUCGUCAACGACCUGCUGUUCAUCAUGGAGGCCGUGCUGCUGGCCGCCACGCUGCUGCUGCUCACCAGGCAGCCGCGCUCCUUCAGCCCAUACCUCAUGAGCAAGGGAACCACGGUGUGCCGCACUGCAGUUCUGGGAGCCGCGGUCAUCUUACUGUUCUUCAGCCGGGCCUGCUACAACCUGACCGUCCUCUUCCUCUCCCAGAGCUACAAGGUGGAGUCCUUCGACUACGACUGGUACAACGUCUCCGACCAGGCUGACCUGCAGAGUGAACUUGGCGACAGAGGCUACCUGGCGUUCGGUGCCAUCCUCUUCAUCUGGGAGCUGCUCCCUACCAGCCUCCUCAUCCUCUUCUUUAGAGUCCGCCGGCCCACUCAGGAGACCAGCAGCUUGGACAUCAACAACAGGGUUCUUCCUCGUCCGUACUUCUUCGAUGACCCGGAAGGCAGCGAUGAUGAAAUACCGGCUCCGUGGGCUCGCAGCCCCGCUCAGAACCAAAGCUGGUACGGAUCGGAGACUGCGCCCCUCCUGUUUGCCAACAACCCUGCAGACCAGAGCCACCAGCACCACUCGUUCUACUCCACCCCUCAGAACUGAAACCAAACCCUCAUUCGCUGUCGAAUUUUUACCUCACCUGGACAAUGACCUCAGGGGGACGAGAACCGCGUGUGCAGCUGCCGCCCAGCAGUACCGCCCACUCUGUGGUUGAAAUUGCACUGAAAAACCUCAGGAAAGCUAAAAAGAUGCACCUUGUAUUAUUUUUAUUAUUAUUAUUAUUUAGAUAUAUUGACGCUAUCUCAGCUUAAAGGGAACAUUUUUGGUGGGAGAGGACCUGGUGAACUUUGUGAGGGUCAAACAUUGUUUAUUUAUUUGCUUACUCACUGUGAAUACAGGAGCUAAACUGACACUUCGUAUUACAUUCCUGGAUGGACUCAAACCAUCUUAGUUGGUAACUACUAAGCAUGGAGAGCUGCUUAGAAAAGUGGCAUUUAUUAAAUACGAUGUGGUGCAUCUGAAACUGAUUACAAUACAAAGGAUAUGAUAUUUACUACUGUCUGAAGAAGUUUUAUUGUUGCUGACGUUCAUGUUUCUUAUUUCCAUCCUUGGCAUUGCUGCAGAUACUUGUGUGUAGUUUGUUUCUGGGGCAAUAACUCAUGUUUGUUUAGGGUUGUUUUUUUUUUUUUUACUCCUGUUUGAGUUCAUGUGUUUGAUUGGAUGUUUUAAUUUAUUUAUCUUUCACAAAAUGUUUUCUUUUUUUUUAAUUAAUAUCUCAUCUGAAAAGAACCUUUGCAACAAUGCUGCCCGGACUGACACCGGUUACAUCUGCAACAACCCAAUAAACACUUUGACAUAAACCUGCUUGUCUUGUUGCUAGGCAGAACAGCUUCCUGGUGAAUCUGUGAUCAAAUCUAGUUUUCUUUUUUACCUCAUCACUGCACUUGCAUUGAAACCUUUCAAUGCAACAAAUCCAUCAAAAUGAAGUUAGAAAAGUAAUAUAUUAACAAGAGAAGGAAUUAUAUUUAAAAAAAAAGAUUGAGGAUAAUCUGUCACAGAUGCCUAGUUACACUGUUAGGAAAGAAAUAAUUAUUCCAUGUUCAGAAAUAAUUAUUUUAAAUUCACCAGUGGCACAAUCAUUUAAAAUAAACGUUUAAAAGUAUUUAUUACUUAAUCAUUUUACCUUUACGAAAGCUCUUUAGUCCGCAAAUUCUUAAAAUUAAGGCUUUAACCGGUAUUAAAUUCAUUUUUAAAAGGGAAGUUGAACUUUGAAAUAUCAAUAUAAAAUUUUGUCUUGACAGGACUAUUUAAUCUCGUAUCCUGUGUAUUUUUCUCGCGGGACUUUUCUGUCCCGCGAGAAAGUUUGAGUCAUCUCCGUUGCGUAACUGUGACUCCAGACGGUUGAUGCUGUAGCUAGGUUUUUCCGUGUCUUCGUGGGUUGGCGCUAAUUUGUGGUCAGUUGAAUGGACAAAGUUUAUACAUUUCUGACCUUACUAACUUAAAUAGGAUUCAUAAUGGACUUUAAAAAGUCUGAAGUCUGAGUUGGUGAAACCUCCAAAAACCGUGUUAGAGAAGGAAGGAGCCCCGAGAACAACCAUCAUCUACAUGGUCAAAAAUAAAUAAAUCAUUUUUCUGUCUCAACAUCAAACGGAAAAAAAUUGUUUGCUUACGGAUUUUUGUAUCUUCAUUAAAUGAGACUAAGGUGGAGCUUUUUCUACAAUUAAUACUAGGCCGUCGUUGGUUCUUUCACUAGGAUAAUUAUUAAAUACUUAGAAAUAAAUAAAAUACAAACUGUUGAAAAAGUAUCCACGCCUUUCACUGCCUGAAAACAUUUCAGGCUGCAUCUUCAAAAUAUUUGCUUGAAGGCCUCGUUACAUUAUGAGAGUAUAUUAACUCUGGUGCCACCACCUGUUCUGGAGGGGAACUGCUUGUUCCAAAGGCGCGCUCUGCGGUGAGUUGCUGACCCCCACGGUAACAACCAAUCACGACUCAACGUGGAACGCUUUUGUGCGCUCCCAAACAACCAACCACGUGGAAUUACAGCCUUAUAAGCAUUAAAACAAAACUUUUGAAUUAAUUUUAAAAUUAAAAUAAAAAAAAUCAAUCAAGCUUAGAUUGGAGGGAGACCAUCACAUGACAAAUAAAUAUGGCAAAUAUCGAGACACUUAUUAAUGGAGAGAUUUGACUUCAUUCAAUAAACAAUAGUAAACCAGAUGAAGACAGAUUGACCCACGUCCCGUUGUUGUUGCUAAGGUCAGACAAAAAUAACUCUGUCAGGAAAAAAUGCAAAUGUAGAAAAGCUUUACAAGAACCUUGCAAGAUUCUUUGAGAUCUACAGAUUUUCUACAACGAUCAGAUGACUUUGUUCUGUUCAUUUAAAUAUUGCAUGUUUCCUUUGUUGUGAACGAGUAAAGAAAGAUAUUCUUGCAAAUAUAACUAAGAUUUGUUUCUAUUUUUGGUGUCGAAUGUGGCUGGAACUGUUUAAUGAUUUCCCCCAAAAAACUACAAACCUAAAUUUAAAAUAAAGUCAUUUUAACCACAACAAAAGAAAACUAACGCUCCUUCUGUGAAGAAAUCUCUUUUGUUCUGAUCAGUCAGAAGUUUUAAUUUAAACAGCCAAAUCAACUUAAAGACAACAUCACAUGGCGGCAGCAGAAAACCUGUAGAAAAAGGCCCCUAAAACCAGGAGCUUCGACACGUUCCUCUGUGGCAUCAGCUGCUGCUUCAGGCGCUUUAUUCCGCAGCAUGUACAGACGAUCCUGUUAAAACUCUUUAUACAGUAUAUACAGUUUCCAAUAAAUCAGUAUGAUACAGUGUCAGCAGUGGGAACGGGGGUCAGAGCCCUGGGAAACAAGGAGAGGGUCGGGGCGGUGGCGAUGUAUAAAAAGCAGACGUUAGCUGUUUGGCUUUAUUUGAAACUGAAAAUGCUAGAUUAGGUUAAUGAUCCGCCUGUUGUGUUGCUAUGGUGAGCAGGACCGCCUUCCCGCUGAAGAUGCAGUAAAACUAGAUCUAAACGCCGACUGACCGAGUUCAUUUCCUGCAGCGUUGGCAUGGCAUAAGUCCACUCCGGAGUUGAUCCAGUCAAAA